AUGCGUAAUAUGAAACUUUGGCAAGUUGUGUCAAAUCAAAGCAUUUUGAAUCAACAACAACUUUCACUUGCUUUUAUUCAUGAACCAAACGAAUAUGACAAUCCAAUGAUUGUUGUUCAUGCCACAAUGCCCUCUGAUAAUUCAUGUCUUCUCGCACUAGAAGAAGAGGACGAUCAAGGUACACUUAUCGUCAAAGGUAAAGUUAUGAGAUAUGCCCAGCCAGGGGAAAGUUUUAACGAUGCAUUACGUAAAAAUGAAUACAAAAUUGAUGGCCUAGUUGCUAUAAAAAUCGUCAAAGUAGACAGAACAAAUAUUGCACCUAAAGUACUGUUAUGUACGAUCAUAUCAGUGGAAUUAGCAUUAAACAAUAUCGAAACUCAACAAUUAUGUACAACAACAGCUAAAAUCUCUUUAUGA